AACCUGCACACCUGGAUGAAGGACGAGCCAGCGACCAAGAACCUGCUCAUGCAGCUGAGCUCUACCUUCAUCCGGAAGGAGCCCUUCGGCCUGGUGCUCAUCAUCACCCCCUGGAACUACCCGAACCUGACCCUGGUGCCCCUGGUGGGCGCCCUCGCAGCAGGGAACUGUGUGGUGCUGAAGCCAUCAGAAAUAAGCACAAGCACAGAGAAGGUCCUGGCCGAGGUGCUGCCCCAGUACCUGGACCAGAGCUGCUUUGCUGUGAUGCUGGGCGGGCCCGAGGAGACGGGGCAGCUGCUGGAGCACAAGUUUGAUUACAUUUUCUUCACGGGGAGCCCUCGAGUGGGCAGGAUCGUCAUGACCGCAGCCGCCAAGCACCUGACACCGGUCACACUGGAGCUGGGGGGCAAGAACCCCUGCUACGUGGAUGACAACUGCGACCCCGAGACCGUGGCCUUUUUCCGCUACUUGAACACGGGCCAGACCUGCGUGGCCCCCGACUACGUGCUGUGCAGCCCCGAGAUGCAGGAGCGGCUGCUGCCCGCCCUGCAGAGCACCAUAGCCCGCUUCUUCGGCGAAGACCCCCGGAGCUCCCCGAACCUGAGCCGCAUCAUCAACGACAAGCAUUUCCAGAGGCUCCAGGGCCUGCUGGGCUGCGGCCGCGUGGCCAUCGGGGGCCAGAGUGACCAGAGCGAUCGCUACAUCGCACCCACGGUGCUGGUGGACGUGCAGGAGACGGAGCCGGUGAUGCAGGAGGAGAUCUUCGGGCCCAUCCUGCCCAUCGUGAACGUGAGGAGCCUGGACGAGGCCAUCGACUUCAUCAACCGCCGGGAGAAGCCCCUGGUGUUGUACGCCUUCUCCAAGAGCAGUGAGGUAGUGAACGAGAUGCUGGAUAGGACCAGCAGCGGCACUUUCGGAGGCAAUGACGGCUUCACCUACUUGACUCUGCCAUCCCUGCCACUUGGGGGCGUCGGCAACAGCGGGAUGGGAAGAUACCACGGCAAGUUCUCCUUCAACACCUUUUCCCACCACCGCGCCUGCCUGCUCUCCCCCCCAGGCCUGGAGAAGCUCAACGAUAUCCACUACCCGCCCUAUCCUGACUGGAAACAGCGGCUAGUACGCUGGUCCUUGGGCCCCCAGAGCUGUACCCUGCUGUGAGCACUCUGCCCACCUCCAGUGCCCCACUCUCACCACCCCUCUGGCCUGCUGCUGCCAAGAUGCCCAGUGGUCUCUGAAAGGUGGAGUCUCUUGUCCUGGACUGCAAAGAUCCUGCUCCUGGGAUCUUGGACCCCUGACUGGGCAGGACCUCUGGGCCAUUGGGCCAGCGCCUUUCAAGGCCCAAGUCCCCUCUGCAGCCUUCUGACAGAUUUGUCGACCCUCUGCUUGGAUAUGUCUGGUGACGGAGAACUCAUCCCCUUGCAAGGUUGGGCAGCUCUUGUGUUUAGAAAGGACUCCCUUGUGUCAGAUCCAUAAAUAGGCUCCCAAAAUACAGAGCAAUUUCAAACAGC